ACUUUCUUCGUCUUUCACUUACUUCAGGGCAACGAAGGACCCUGUCUGGUUCACCUGGACUCAUAGGCUUAAGUUAAAAAUAAGAAUGAAGAUUCCGCUAAAGGUUUUUGUCAUGAUUCUGACCUUCUCAAGUCUAGCCAUGAGUCAGAAAAGAAGGAUGUUAGGACAAAGGAAUGUACACCAAAGCAGUGAUGCCAAAGGUGUGAUCUGCUCAUUGGAGAUAUUAUUCAUUAUGGACGGUUCUGAGCAAGCCAGAGAUCAGCUGCACGCCCAACAGAAGGAGUUUGUUCUUCACUUAAGUUCCAUGCUCCUGCAGCUCAGUACUGCAGGUUGGCCCCUGUGGCUUCACCUGACUGUCCUAUAUAAUGACACUUCUGUGAUUGAGCACCAUGUUAAAGACCAGCGAUCCUUGGAUUCAUUUCAGCAAAAAUUGGCAUCCACUGACCAGGAAUUCCAUCAUCCCAAUGGUAUUGCUAAUGUCACAAAACUUUAUAAAAAGCAGAGCCGUCUUCACAAUCUCAAAGUGGCUCUGCUGAUGAUCGACCCUCUACGACCUGAUGCUGUAAAACCUCUUAAUGUGGCAAAGGAGCACAACUUCAGGGUCUUCACCAUCAGGAUGUCCAGCGGAUUUGAAGAUAUAGUCAGCAUCCCCACUAUCCACGAGCAGCAGCAUGCGGCCAGCCUCAAAGAGAACCAGUUGGUCGACAGUGUCUUCAAUGAACUGCAAAGAGUCCUGAGAGCCGGAUGUCCCCUGACGAAGAAGUGCUUAUGUGACCAUGGAAAGAUGGGUGACCAAGGGAGGCCUGGACGUCCAGGUGAACUAGGGUCUCUUGGUCCUCCUGGUCCAAAAGGAUCGAGUGGAGAACCUGGCAAAAAUGGAUGCCGUGGAGUCAUUGGCCCUGAGGGGAAAAAUGGAGAGAAUGGGGCACAGGGAGAGCGUGGUGAGCAAGGUGCCACUGGUGAAAAUGGUGAAAAUGGUGCAGAAGGUCAAACUGGACCUGGAGGACUUGUUGGAGAACAGGGACCUAAAGGAGAAGUUGGAAAUCCUGGGCGACAUGGGUUGUCUGGUCCCAGAGGUGAACGAGGACUGAGAGGUGUACAUGGCAUUAAGGGGGAAUCUGUUGUUGGUGUUCAAGGUCCAAAGGGUCACAAGGGCAAACAGGGUGUAGCUGGUCUUCCUGGUCUAAUUGGCAUUGGGGAACCAGGAUUUCCGGGUCAGUCAGGACCACCAGGAAUUCAAGGACCACAGGGGUUCCCUGGAGUGAGUCUAUUGGGGCCAAAGGGUGACAAUGGGUUGGAAGGUCCGAAAGGUAGACGUGGUCUUCCAGGAUCCGGUUACAUAGGCGAUAAGGGAAAUGUAGGAGCAUCUGGAUUGCAAGGGAUGAACGGUCUUCCUGGGGUUGGUAUAAAAGGAGAGAAGGGUUAUCGAGGACCAACCGGGUUAGAUGGUCCCAGAGGACAUCCUGGGUUGGGAGUUGUAGGCCCAAAGGGUGAUUAUGGUAUGCCUGGUGUACCCGGUUUGCAGGGUCUAAUGGGUGUUGGUGAACAUGGAUCAAAAGGUGAACCAGGACACAAUGGGACAUCUGGGUUGCCUGGAAUUCCUGGGGAUGAUGGAGCAGUUGGGCCUAAAGGAGAGAAGGGUCUGCAUGGACUGACUGGUGAACCUGGGACACCUGGAAACAGCAUCACUGGAGAAAAGGGGGAUCAAGGAGAACAUGGACCAAGAGGUUUCUUAGGUCUGAGUGGCCCACCUGGACCUCCUGGAACAAAGGGAGAGCCAGGAAAUUUGGGGAUUGAGGGAUUACCUGGAUCACCAGGACGCAGUUUGCCAGGUCCAAAGGGGAAUCCAGGGCCAGCCGGACCUGCAGGACCAGCUGGGGAACCUGGAAUAGGAAAUAUUGGACCCAAGGGUAGCAAAGGGAAAACAGGUCCACAGGGGCAAACUGGGAUGGUGGGACAGGGUCUCGCAGGACCGCAGGGCUUGCCUGGCAUACAUGGAGUUCCAGGAGAGAUGGGUCAGGAAGGAAGAGGGCUCUCUGGAAUAAAGGGGGACCGAGGUAUACCAGGUCUCAUUGGACCUUCAGGCCUGCCAGGUAUAAGGAGAGGUGGACCAAAGGGUGAAGAAGGAAAGCUGGGUCUCCAAGGCAGUGAAGGUGCUCCUGGUAUAGGCAUCCAGGGACCAAUGGGUCAGGCUGGCUUUGAAGGACCAGUAGGUGUACGGGGCCCACCAGGAGAUGGUCUUUCUGGCAGAAAGGGUGAGCAAGGGCCGUCCGGUGAGAAAGGAAAACGAGGUGCUAAAGGAAACUUUGGGAACCCUGGAUUGAUUGGACCAGUGGGAGAACCUGGAGAAGACGGAGAACCUGGACUGACUAGAGAAGAAGCCAUCAGAAUAAUACAACAGAUCUGUGGCAACUGAUAAUCUCAAAAUUUAUGGAAACUGCUUAGAUUGAACUUGUGUCUGUGUGUAUGCGUUCUCGUUGUGUGUGUACUCAAUACAUGGUUGAUGAAAGAGAAGAGAC